CUUUGAUAACAUAUAUGGCGGGACUUUGGGCACGUGAGAAUGAACUCUGCUGAUGCGGUAAUUUGUGGUAGGAAUCAAAUCACAGCAUCUGUAAUAAAGAUGCUUAGAAAAGUUAAAAAUGUGAAUAUAAUUGGGUACUGGUGUGAAUCUACUGACAAUAAAAUUUAUGCAGAUGUCACUGGUAUACAAGUUAUUAACGGAACUUUUGAAGAUUUAAUAUCAAAUAAAGAUAUGCAGUUUUUAUUUCUUUGUGAUACACCUGUAAAUCAACUUAAUUUUGUCUCCAAAGUCUGUGGCCUGAACUCAAAACAGUCUUCUGUGAAUGCGAACACGCAAGGCAAACCUUUUUUGAUUAUUCUCCCUCCCGUGUCACCUAAUUAUGAUAUAGAAAUGUUGGAGAAAGCUAAAUACCGUGUUGGUUUUGCCAUGCCCUUCAGGUACCUGCCUGUAUCUUCCCUUUUGUGCACCCACCUUAAUUGCACUUAUUACCAACUAAAGUCACGCAAUAAUUACGAGUUUAGUCGACUCCCAGCACAUUGGCUGUUAGGAAAUAUAGAGAGCAUCCACAUAAAAUUGUCCACUAACAGUUUGGUUGACGGUAGUGAUUAUUCAUGGCUAUGUGAAUCGGAAGGUAUGGGUGGAGGGUUGCUGAAUAUGUUCUGCCCAGGUCUCAUUGACCUUGUUCACCUUCUUUCUGGUGGGCUUCAGAUAACAUCAGUCACUAGUAUCUGUCGAACAUUUGGUAGAGGAACAAAUGGUCUACGUCAUCCUACUCGUCAUAUUUCUGCGGAUGACUAUGUUACUAUAAUGGGUGAACUCGAUAUACCACCAAUGUCAGGAUUCAAUAAACCGGUAGUUGUCAUUAUCCUUUCAUCAGAUAUCCCUUUCACAAGAGAUGAAGUAUGCAAACCUUAUGAAGCUCAUUUUUGUGACAAUCAUUGUUUCAGACUUGGAAUAGAAGUUAGUGGUUCUAGUGGCAGCUUCAUGAUUGAUGAAAGUAAAAGACAAAUUUCAUGGACGCCACGAAAAUCCAUUUCAUCAAACCACAGAGAAUCUGAGAGCAGACUAGCUAAAUCAAACUAUGAAAGUAUUUUCACGAACAAACGACCUGGGAAUAUUGAAGAAUCUAAAUUUGAAGAAGAUCAUAAUGAGGAUGUGUUACUUAGUCCUAUCAGUAGUAUCGUGUCCCGAACUCAAGCUUCUACGAAGCUAAACAUUGAUCUCAAAGAUGAAAUGACAGAAAUAGCUAAUCUGUCAUUAAAUGAUUCAUCACAUGACUCAGAAUCAGCGAUGAAUGCUCAACAUUGUUGCCUAUCAGCAACUGGAGAAGCAUGGUCUAACUGGAUCAAUAGUUUGACAAAAAACUUUUCAGACAGGGAAUCAUUCGAAUCUCUAUUGGCAAGCCCCAACCAUUGGGGUUAUAUUCAGUCGGUUAUGCAUGCUAUAAUUAAGUCUUCACAACUGAGAUGUUGGAUCGACGUACAAACUGGUAAACGCAUGUAAUAGCUUUCUUGAAGUUAUUGCAGCAAACAUUGGGCAAAAAUAUUAAGUCUAACGGCUUAAUUGCGGAAAAUUCAAGACCACUUUACAUCAGAUGGACAAGGAUUGGUCUACGAAUUCGAAAAAUUAGAACGAGAUUUACUCAGGUGCCAACUUACUACAAACAACAGUCAUUUUUAUGAUUACCAAAUAAAUCAUUGAAUUCAAGUAUUUCACUUUU